AUGGACAUGAUCGUGAACGUGUUCGCCCAUGUGAAUGACACUUGUGAGAUGCCAGUUGCGUUUGGAACCAUGUGCAAGAGUGGCGGUGCCGAUCUUGCAAAAUUAAUGCAUUUCCGCGGUGAGCUCACGAGCUGUUUGAUCAAAGAUUUGAUUGAUUCGAAGCCAAUCGGAGAGUUCCACCACAGCGAUGGAGACGGGGCCGCUCUUCCAGCCCAGGCCGUCAAGGCGUUCAUUGCCAAGAUUUCCGAGAAAGAUUUGAUCGAGGUGUAUGCUUCGGACGCGAUGCAGAGAGGCGAGCAGGAGUGGGUCGGCUUCUGGGACGCCCUCAUCAAGGGCGGCGUUGGGGGAGGCAAAAUCGCAGCCUUCCUCGGCGUGGCGACGAGCGUCGGCAGCAGGAAGCUGAAGCGGGAGCGGAGCAUCCGGGAUGGGGCCCAGGGCGGAGGGGGCUCAGCCGCCGGCGCUGUGCAGGCCGACCAGCACAACAAGUUGUUGGUCAAAGUUAGCGACCUGUACGUGUGUGCCGCGCCCACCGCCCAGUGCCACGACUUCGUGCGUCUCAUCAGCGGGCCUGCUUUGAAGUACAUCGAGUCGCAGCUGACGGCACAUAUAUGGAAGCUGCACAGGUUGGCCCACCUCAGCGGCGGGGCCGCAUCAGCUGCGGACAAUGUGUCAGUGGAUGUUUCUGGCCAGAAGCCUAAGACUGCGUGCUUGGCAAGCAAGCCCGUGGAUCUUAUCUUCGCUGCCCCCGUGACGUCCGUGAAGGGCAGGGCCAACUUCAUGCCUCUGUGUAGCUUGUUCAGUGGCAAUUUCGAGAUGUUUCUGAAUGGCACUGCGGUGAACACCAACACGAGCGACAUGAUCGUGCCAGCAUGGUGUAUCAACGUGGUUGACAAGCAGGCCGACUCCAAUGUUCAGACGCUGUUCCUGGUCGAGACUGUCUAUGCCACUGUCGGGUUCGACCUCUAUUUCACUGACAUCGCGAUCAUGUCGGAGCCAGACCGCGAGAACCCCAGCGACGGCGGCGGCAGGCCCAGAGAUGACGCUCCAGCACAGCCGCCAGCGAAGAAAGCUAAGCAGAGUGAGGGGGUUGCAGGCACUGGUGACAGCGGCAUGGCACCAGUCGUCGGCCCAGGGCCCAAUGCGGCCGACGCCGACAGCACGUUUUUGGAGGUGUUGGGCCCGUCGCAGGAUGAGGUCCGACGGGGGUCACUCUGUACGCUUUUAAGGUGUCAAUCCCGUUCGCGCGCUACCAGCCGGAGCCGCCGCAGCAGGGCGCACCCCCCUCGGCGCCUGACGCCGUGA